UUAUAAUAUAACCUAAACCAGUCGUAGUCGUAGAAACAUAAACAAUAUGGCGGACAUCAGUUGAUUCUUUUGAUGUAAUUUGACACUGCUGGUACUUGGAGCCAACAACAAGGAUGUCUGCAUCUACUGCAGAGAGGCUGAAGACACCACUGCUGUUUCCGUGUGCAGCGGGCGUCAAGAUGCCUCAGAUUGGUUCAGAAGAUUCAGAUCUAAAACUUGGACAGAAGACAAGCAGAUAUGCGCCUGACGCUAUCGUAUUCCGUACCACAGAUGACUCAAAAGAUCCAAUAAAUAAAGAGUAUCUGAAAAAGGUUUCCUUCGACUUAAAUUUCGAAGAGGAGGUGGUGAAAGAGAGAUGUUUUCAUGCACUGCCUUAUGAUGAGAAGUAUAUGUAUGAAGCUUUUGAUGUCGGUGAUCUUGUUAAACUACCAAUAAAAACAAAAUUUCCUGUCGGUAGGCACAAUGCUAGAGGCGGUGAUAAUCGCCACAUGCCUUGUUACUUAACAAAGUCCACCAAGUCCCAUUUGAAACCGCUACGAAGAAAGAUUACAGAGCGUGCACAGCAGAUGCAUAUUGAAGCACUAAAGCGUGAACAGCUUCGGGAAAUUCAGCAGAGAAUCAUUGAAAAACACAGGGCUUUAGAAAGAGGUGAGCCCAUUGCGGAGGACACAAUUAAAGAAAGUUUAGAAGAGGAACAAGAGCCUAGAGAAGGAGGUUUUUUCUUAACAGAAACCAAACCUUCAAAAACAAGUAGAGUUGAACUGGAUAAAGCAGAUAAACCAUCUAAAACUGCUGAAGACAAAGCAAAAGACAAGAAAUCUCUGAGUGUUCCAAGGCCGAGCAUUGGAAGGUCUAGUGCAUCUAAAUCACACUCGAGAACAGCUGCAGAAAUCCAGGCAGAGGACGAAGAUAAGAAGGAAAAGAAAAAGAGCCAAGGAAAUAACUGGGAUGCUUAUGUCAUUUCUCUUUUGAGUAUGAAUACUGCAAAUCAUCUUGUAUAUGAAAAAACUGCACCUGGAACUGCUAUGAGAGAAAAGCUAGAAAACAUGGUGAAAGAAUGGUACGGAGUGCCUGAACACACAGACCUCAUACGGGAGGAAAUAAGUGACAGUGAAGAGGAGGAAGAAAAAGCCAAGAUACCCAAGAAAAAGUGGAGAAAGAAAGAAACUACGUUACUUCAGAGGGUUUACAAUCUAGAGGAAGAUGAGCCCCGGGCAGUUGACCCUUAUUCAGACGACAACAAGGCCCCUUUCUACCGACAGCCUGCGGGUCUAAGAAGGGCCAAGAAGCAUGAAGUUAAAGAGGAACUAGUUUCACAGAUGAAGGGCGCUAUCAACACGACAGCAGCGAACAUCGAAGUGAAGACUUUAAAGCCGCCUCCCCCACCCACCCUGCGAGACUUCCUAAACCCUAACGUGGGCAAGUGCAUCAUUGAGACUGACAAUAUGUUUCAACAGGAGCAACUCACAGGGACUCAACAAGUUUACCAGGCAUUUGCUGAUCAAGAGAAAAUCGUCAUGGAAAAUGACAACAAAUAUAAGAAAGAUUUGCAGCCUGGCUUUCCCAAGCCUCCAGAAACCUGGUUUCCUGCAACGGAUGCGGAGAAGGAAUCAUCUGCUGUGGGAAUGAAGAAGACUCGGAAGCACAUUCGAGGUCACCGUAGAUGGAAAAAUCUUCCAGAAUCCAUUGAUGACACUGCUGAAAUACUAAGGGUUCAAGCUCCAGGCACAGAACCGCAGAAGUCAUCAGACCCUCGGUACCGCAAGACAGCCAAAAACAAUGCCUCUCUGAUACAGAUCACGGCUGAUGUGAAAGGCCUUGAUUUCACGGACAGAUCUAGUCCUGUACGGGGGUAUACCCCCGCUGAGUUGUUACGCAAGCUUCAGGCCGAGAAGAGAAGCACGGGCUUCUCAAAUGAUCCGAAAUUAAUACUUGAUGAAUGGCGCAGCAAGUGGCACCUGGCCGGCCAGUACGUGGACAGCACGCCGGACGACCUGAUUCGGGACAUGGCCGACAUUCAGCCUCAUGUCCGACUCAAGGCCAUUGUAAUUUGCGCUAAGGCUGCUGAUUACAAACCACCUGAAGAUCACGGUAUCCAGCUGAACUUCAUGGAGAAAGAGUCUGCGGUCGACCUGCCAGAGAAGCUGUUUGUGGCCUUGGAAUGCCUGCUUGAGGACCCCGUGGAGAAAGUGAAAACUGCCGCCGCCAUUACCCUGUACUCUCUGAACAGGCCUUGCAAAAUGGCUGAAGACAUCUUGAACACGGCCAUGGGGUCUGAGAACCCGGUAGACCGCUGGGCGGCUGCUCAGUGCCUCGCUCACUACGGGGUGUGUGACUCUGACGUCAUCAGCGAGAUCCUCAGACAGGUCAUGACAACUGAGGACACUAUCAAACACGAGCGCGGAAUCAGCAUGCUGGGAAAUCUCAGCAUAUCCUCGAAUCUGGUCCACUCUAUGGUUGCCGAGCAACUGAACAGCAGCAGCUGGAGACACAAGAUCAUCGCCUGCAAGAUACUGCCUACCCUGAGAGGGGACAUUAAUAAGGACAUAACUAACAAGUUGUCGGACCUGAUGUGGAACGACUGGCAGGUUGAUGUGAGGCGCGCUGCGGCGCAGUGUCUCGGCAAGACAGGGCACGGGAGAGAUGUCCAUGACGAACUGCGUGUGAAACUCCUCGAGGGUGAUGAACGAACAAAACUGGAUGCCUUGAACAAGAUUGGACAACUUGGAAUAAUGACUGCCAAGCUGCUUCCCGCAUUUCUACAGUGUUUCACAGACCAGUAUAUCGCGAUACGUUCCGAGGCCUGCAUUACGUCGGGCAAUCUCAUCAUUAAAGACGAGGAGGUCAUAGCCAAGCUGAUCCAUUUGGCAACCUUCGACACAAUUUGGAAAAUUAAGGCACUCGCUUUCCAAGCACUGGGCAAGAUAGGUGUGGUUACGGAGCAGAUCGUGGACUGUCUGCUGUGGGCGGUGCGCUACGAGGAGAACGGGGGUGUGAGGGCGGAGGCGUGUCACACCCUCAAGGUGCUCCGGGUCAGGACCGAGGAGGUCGCAGAUGUACUACAGGAUCGCUUCCUGGUCGAGGGGAACGCCCUCGUAAGAGACGAGCUCGCCUCCACGCUGAAAAUGUUCAACAUCAGUGCCAGCGAGGACAUGGACAUGGUGGCACAGAUCAAGAAGGAGGUGAAGAAGCUGUGCACACGCAACAUCAUCGCCUCCCAGAUCACACUCAAUGAGCGCGACGCUGACCACCGAGAGAACCUCACACGCAUGAUAUACGAGUCAGAGAAAGAUAUGAAGUCUCCACGGAAACCCAGUCAGGUGAAGUUCAAGGUGAAACCAAAGCGAAGAAAGACUGUCCAAAUAGAUGAAUAUGUACCUGUUAAGGUCAAGACGCAACACUCACACAUGUCCAAAAGCUGGUACAAAAUUUCCUACUUGAGGAAUCGCAGAGAGUGUCCAUUUGUGUUGAACAUUUUUGAUACGGAACACGAGGUGCCUCUGCAACCAGUCAUGGAGAGGAUUCGGUCCUUGAGUCGCGCUGGAAGUCACAAGUCUGAGCCCAGAACUGGUGCCGAGAGUCCUGAACCUGUCCGAGACGGGGCGGUGUUCACACCCUCUGCUGAAGAGGAGCUAGAAGAGAUUCUCGGCCGUGUGGACGAGGAGAGUGAAGGGACCUCACCUGCCUCCACACCGUAUACAAAGUCACGCCCAACCACCGCCAGCAGCCGUGAGAAUGAGACAGAGGGGGAUGAGGAGGAGGAGGAGGGAACAGAGAAGAGAAGCAGCAAGACCCCGCUGAAAUCGAGCGAGGAUGAUGGUCGACCUUCAACUUGGGGGUCGAGGUCGCAGGGGGUCAAAUCUGAGGAUGACCUCGAAGGUGAAAUUUCCAAGGUCACCUUAGAACCUGAGAGGCCAGCAAGCACAGUGAAGUUUGCCUCCCAUCUCGAGGUCAAUGCGAUCCCUUCAAGGUCAAGGUCAUCGUUAGGCCCUUCAAGGUUGUCCCUGAUGGACGAGCAGACUGGAAAGCCGUCCAGGUCGGGCACAAUGAUGACGGGGACUACCGGCGAGGGGAUGGUGUUUGGGCGCGACGCGGUGGUGGAGCGGGAAAAGAUCAGCGAGAAAGCUCGAAACACUUUUGCAGUCAUGGAUGCCUGGUAUGACGAUAUGGUCCAGGAUCUCAUCGACUUGGACAAUGCGUUUGAGCUGGGUCUGACGUCGGGAAGCAGGCAGGACUUUGAGGAGAAGAUUCGGAAUGUUAGGGUGAUAAAGACACCGCCUGCAACGAAAGGGGAGAGACCGAAAGUUGAGCUAGCAGUAAAGACGUCGGUUGGGUCUGCUGAUAAAAAAGAUUUGCCAGAUAAAGGGACAAUAAUGUCUGAAGCUCUUGAACAAGACAAAGAACAGGACAGUAAAGAAGAAAUGGCUGGGAGAAUAGAAUUAACAGCGGGGGAUGCAGAUAAAUCUACAAAAAAAGACAUUGAAAUUAUAGUUUCAGAAGAAAAUAGGAAAUCUUAAUUUUUUAAUGAUGUUAAAAAGUAUUUUAAGAAUGUUUUGGUAAUGUAUUUUUGCAUAUUACAUGAAACUAUGCUAUAUUGUGAUAAUUUGUUUCUUACAUUACCCAUAAUAUGUUUUAAUUAUUCCCAGAGUUUUUUGUUGCAAAUGUUAAUAGCACAAUAAAUAAACGGACCUAAUCAUCAAACCAUGACUAAUAAAUACCCACAUCCAAAGAUUAUACACAUCAGUAAUUACUCUAAACUACUGCCAUGCUGGAAUCCAUUCUUCCAACCCAUUUACCGCCCUAUCAGCCUCAUCUCUGCAAUCCUGCCUGUCAGAAAUUAGUGUGUUGCAACCAGAACAACAUUGUUCAAACAACAGCAUGUUUGUGCUGGCCAAAAUACAAACAACCAGUGCCUACUUUUGUUUUGCUAAGCAGAAAACACAAGCGUGGCAACAUCAUUGUGGGCAAUUACGAACAGAUAAGUGAAGGUGCAAGCCUUGUUUGUAGAAAUAGCUGAUGACAGGAGGCAUGUUGUGACUUUGAUGCCUGUGUGUUGACCACUGGCUUGAUGGAUGUUGUGCUUACCAAGCAUCGUGCUGGUGUUUCUGAGCUAUUUAUGCGUUUGAUGAGAAUGUAGUAGCAGGUUCAAAUGCUUGUAGUAGAUGGGUAAGGCUGAUAACUGUUGGAAAACUUAUUUGUCUCAUUUUGGGAAAACUGGGUUAAAUGCAUGCGCUAUAGGUGUCAUCCCCAAUUAGACUGUGUUGUCCGAACAUACGAAUCAGGACAAAAUUUCUGCUUUUAUGGAAUUUUUAGUUAGGGGCAGUGUUGUCUCUGAUUAGCCUGUGUGAACUGCACAGGCUAAUCUGGGAUGAUGCAUUAAGCCCCUUUUUCCAGGUACAGAUAACACUCAAAAGGGGAAUUAUGGAAAAGGGGGGGGGGGCUGCCUAAUGUCAUUUUCUAAUAAUAUGCUCAAUUUAGGGAAAUAUAUGAGCCAGGUCAAUCGAAUAUGGGCCUUAUGACAUAAACGGCCAUCAUAGCUGUAGACAAGCCUGCGCCUCCAAUCAGACGGGGCUGAAGCUACUCUGUUCCCUUAUGUGACAACAAAAACCUUGCAUGAGUAUAGUGGACAUUGUAGAUCCAGACCAGACUGUUUGAAUGCGUAGGCUGGUCUUGAACUGAGAAUGGCAUGAGACCAGACUGUUUGAAUGCGUAGGCUGGUCUUGAACUGAGAAUGGCAUGAGACCUGUUUUGCACGACGCUGGUCCUAUUGCAUUUUUUAAUAAUAUAGCUGCAGUAAACUUUUUUAAACAUUAAAAGUGCUUUUUCAAUUGAAUAUUUGCAAAAAUGGAUCAAUGUUCAAAGGUUAAAUUUUAUGUUUUUGUUGUGUACAAGCCACCCAUUAAACCAGAAAUAUGUGGGUUUUUUUACAAUAAAUAACGAUAAUGCAAAAAGUAUCACCGCAUUUUUAAUGCGAAGUUAUUAAAAGCUAUCUUUGUUUGUUAUAGUAAGAUCCCGGUGCUUGUCACGUUGGUUGGUGGUCAACAUAUCGUACACAUGUCGCUUAUCUCUAGAUACUUAGGCUUUCUUUCACAGAACAAUGCCACAACAAAAUAGAACGUCUGACAUAAAAAACUACUGAAAAGCUGGAAAUUUCAGCUUUAAUUCAAAAUAUUAAAGUCAGAACUAUAGGUGAGUCUAGUUAGUUAAUUAGUCAGGAUUUCUGUGGCACACUGCGGCACAUUAUGCAGCCUCAUGUGCCGGGUUACCUCAGAAACUUCAAAGUACACAAGUUUGACACAUGUCUACAGUAAAACCUGAGCUUAUUGUUAGAAAUAAUUGUUUUUUUGCUUUACAUAGCAUGAAAGUUCGCAAUUUUUUAACAUCAUCAAUAUAAAUUUUGUUUUAUAAUGUUAAAAUGCUAUAUUUCUUUUCAUAACUAUGCAUUUAUUAUGUACAAUUGUUUUCUGUGAUAUGUUUUCCUUUGUGAUAAAAAAUAAAACAGAAUUGAGCAUCAA